CAAAUGCUGUAGUUACAAAGCACCCGGGCAACAGUUUGUUCUUGAACUAUUGCAAGAGUUAAAAACAAAACAAUUCCAACUCAUCGGCACAUGUCAGACUGGCAAGGUAUCAACAAGGAAUAUUGAAACCCGGUUUCGGCGCCGUGCCACAAAUUGUUCUCAAUCAAUUGAAAUCAAUAUUUCGUGAUAAAUGUGCCUUUUACAUGCUGUUUAGGUGUUGGAAAUAGAAGCGUAACAUGCCUAUUGCGAGUCUUGCUUUACUUGCGGAGAACGAGGCCCGCGUGGUGUGCUGCGGCGCCAAAGCUCCAUCCUCGACCGGGUUAAAAUGCCGCUUUGGUGAUGUGGAGGUGCCGGCACGGGCGGAAGCGGGGGGCGAGGUGUCUUGCUGCGUUCCGCCGCUCGAGAACGUGAGUGAGGACAUCGAAUCGAGUCGCGGCGUGCCAGUUCAAGUGCUUCACAACGAUGAGGUCAUUAUGGAGGAAGUCAUCUCGCUGGAAAGCAUGCAUCUUCUUAGGGCCCGCAAAGCCAAGACGGCUCAGGACGGCUUCGUCACCACUCCAGGGGCCGGCGCGGAGUCCCCGGUGGUCAGCUCGUCAACGGCGGCAGGAGGCGACGGGGGGGGAGGCGGCGGGAUGUCGUACAUGUCCCGGGCGGUGGCAGCGACCAUGACUGGGGCGCCAGGGAGACCCGUUGCUGAGCCAAAAGCGGAGACGCGCAAGGAGGCGAUGCAGCGGCAGUUUUCCGCUCUGCGACCCUUCGUCAUCAUAUCACUGUCGUACUUGCUAUUUACGACUACAGACGGCGCCGUACGCAUGAUUGUACUGCUGCAUGCGUACCGCUCGGGGUUCAGCGCUUGGCAGGUGGCCAUCAUGUUUUCGUUGUACGAGACGGCGGGUGUGGUGACGAACCUGGCAGCAGGCAUACACAGACAUACAUACACACCCGAUACAGGCAUGAUGGGCGCCAAGUGGGGCAUCAAGUGGACCUUGUUGUCCGGGCUGUCACUGCAGCUGGUUGGGAUAUCCAUGUUGUACGGCUGGAGAGACGGGUGGUCCGUACCCGAAAACCGCUGGAAGGGCAUCUUGUUCAUGCUUUGCGGCGUAGCUAAGGACCUGACCAAGCUGGGUGGCAAGACAGUCACGAAGCUGGUGACGCCAGACGAGCAGCAGUCGCGACUGUUCAAACUCGUGUCCUUCAUCACCGGCUGGAAGAACUCCUUGAAAGGCAUUGGCUACUUCAUUGGCGCCGCAUGCAUCGCCUUCAACUACCAGUUCGCACUUGCCGUACUGUUGGUUCUGAUCCUGGCCGCCAUGCCCUGGGCUGCCGUGGGCCUUACGUCACAGCUGGGUAGGGCCCGCAAGGAGAAUCUGACGUUGGCCAGGAUCUUCAAACAGCCGUACAACAUCAAUGUACUCAGCGUGUCACGGUUCUUUUUGUUCGGCAGUCGGGACAUGUGGUUCGAAGUGCCGUUGCCCUUCUUCUUGAGAAACGGAAUGUACGGCCUUGGGUGGAGCCGGCCGCUCACGGGGCUAUUCUUGGCAGUUUGGAUCAUUGUGUACGGCCAGGUGCAAUCCUGGACGCCCCAAAUGGUUUUGUCGCCCCUCAAGCAGACACCCGCCAAUAAGUAUGUCGCGGUGUUGUGGAAUGUCCUGCUGGUGGCUACGCCGCUGUUCAUGGGCCUCAUGCUGCAGCUGUCUGGCUUGUUUCAGAGUCACAACGUGGGCGCUAUGACCGGGGUCAUGGUAGGAGGUCUCGGAGCCUUCUGCUUGGUCUUCGCCGUAAACUCGUCCAUCCAUUCGUACCUUAUCGUACGAUACGCCCAAGGCGACAAGGUGGCCAUGAACGUGGGCUUUUACUACUGCGCCAAUGCAAUGGGCCGUCUCACAGGUACACUUGUCAGCGGCGCACUGUAUUCCUACGCUGGAGAAAAUGUCGUACAGGGUUUCGCUGCUUGUUUCUGGGCGUCGAGUUCUGUUGGGGUGAAUGUAGUUGACAAUCUCACAUUUACGAAUAUCAACGGCCAUGCCAAAUGCUGCAGUGCACCGCUCCGUGUGGGCAGCAGCGCCGUCAUCAUAUCAUUGUUCUUCUUGGCUUUCAGUCCGCAGUAG